AUGGGUCUAUUGACGAAGAAUUCCAAGUCCCUCAAGUUUAGAAAGGUUGACUCCAAUCCCAGAAGAGAGCAUUCCAACAAAAAUACUAAUGAAUCAUCGAAUCGCGUUCCCACAACGAUAAACUCCGGUAAUGACUCCGUUCUUUGUCAUAAAACGGCCCUCAACUCUUCCCGGCAGAUACGUGUUAUAAAGCCCCCCCAGCCUCAGGCCUCCAUCUUCGAGAAACUCCCUGUCGAGAUACUAUACCACAUCCAGUUCAAGCACAACCUCGACUACGACUUGCUCAAUCUAGUUAUGGUUAAUAAGCGGGUUUUCCGUGCCCUUUCAGUGCCUCCCAGCGAGGCAUCGCAUCCCAGUGGGCUAUUAAAGGCAUUUAUUCAUAAAUUCAUCCACAACUUGAACCAAGGGCUAUCACUAGAAAAUUUAGCAGUACUUGACCGCUUCAAAGCAGAGACAACAAAGCGUGAGUGUGUGUUAGACAUGGCCUGGAAAGCCCAAAAGCAACAACUCGAAGGUGGCAACCCCGAAAUUACCCUCGACCAGUUGCAGACGUGCUGCAGGUAUUUGACCUCUACCAAGUGUUUGGAUAGGCACGUAUUCAACUACAGGAUGUGCAGUUCCAACUCUCACGACAGAUACCGGUUUCUCCAACAAGUUCUCGAGACACAAGCGAUCAAGUUAGUCCUACCCAGCGUUGAAGCUGUUAGGCUUGAACAGAAGGUGCGGACGGAAUUGGCAAUGCUCCUCACAGUUGCUUAUAAUGAGUUAGAUUCAAUUAAGGAUGAACCGAUUUUGACUGUGGAGUCUUCUGUCGAUGCUGCGGAGCAAGUUUUCAACCAAGAACAGGCCCAAGUGUCAAAUAUGGACGAGUUCCUGUUAUACCAACAUCAGAAUAGACACAUCCAUGAGGCGCAGCCUCUUACGAAUCCUCCGAGCGUGAAAAACCUCUAUAUCGGAGACUUGCCACACCUGUUCCAGGUAAUGGAACUAAGUCCAAAAACCAUUGACAAAAAACUUUUUUACUUGAACUACCUCUUACAGGAAACCAACUUGCGGAUCGCAAAUGUCAACGACUUUCUCAUAGGCAUUUUGACACUGAACUUGAGUGUCUCUGAAAACGCACUUCUGAGGUUUGUCUCCCGGCUCAUCGGUGUAUACAACAAGUCCCAAUCACUGGAGGAAGCAAAUGGUGAUAUCCGGUUGAAUCUCAUCCCCGUUUUGAUUCAUGCCUACAGUCAAGACCAGUUAGUUUUGUUCGAGCAUUUGCUUGUCAACCAUCUCCGCCCAGACUUGAUUCACAACGACCGGUUGUGGAAUUCGGUCAUUGAGCCAGUAGAAGAGGAUGGGACCGCUGAAGCUGAGAGGAAGACCAAGAUGAAAGCCUUUGUGAACUGUUUGCUAGAACACGGCGGUAAGCCCAGCUCGCAGGUCUUGAGACUAAUGACUUUGAGUCGGUCUCGAUAG